GCCGGACUUCGACUGCCCCACCGCAGACGGGCUCUUCCCCAACCCGAAAGACUGCCAUACGUUCUUCCAGUGUUCGAACGGAAUCCCCUACCUAAUGGACUGUCCGGCCAACCUCGAAUUCAACCCGGUCCUCCUCGUCUGCGAUUGGCCAGAGCAUGCCGGCUGCUCGAAUAAGACCACACCCACUACGCCCGCAGUGUCCCCCACCACGAGGCCGGUUGUCACCACCACCAAGAAGGACUUCGACUGCCCCACCAGCAACGGGCUGUUCCCCAACCCGAAGGACUGUCAUUCGUUCUACCACUGCUCGAACGGGUACCCUUACCUGAAGGACUGUCCCGCUAACCUUGAGUUCAACCCGGUGCUCUUGGUGUGCGACUGGCCCAAUCACGCUGGCUGCGGCGGCCACCCGCAGCCCACGCCCGACUACCCGGUCACCACGCCGGUGCCCGACGACGACAUCGUCUGCCCGAACAAGAGCUGCGCGUGCAGGUGAGAGCGCGCGGGCCGCUCGGCCUCGGCCGCGGGGAAGGGGCGCCUGAGCCUC